UAAAUUGGUUGAAAAAUAUAAAUUAUGCUUUUAUCCCAUAAAAGCGCAGAUCUCCCUUUCACUUAAUACAUUUAAUCCCUAUCAGUUAGAACAGUUUUGCCCUCUCCAAUAUGGCGGCCAUGUCGAGCUGUUUCCCUAUCGAAGCAAAAAUUCCCGCAACGUCUCUAAAACGUUAAUUUAAUUAUUGUGGCUUUUUCCAGAAAUGACAGCUGUAUAGUGCAGGUGUGACAUAGAAUAUAAACUCAAUUCAGAGUUAUUUUUUAAAUGCAUUAUUUUUUUCGACGCUAUUAUAUUGACUGCAAAAUAUAUAUUAAUGGACUAAUUUUAUACUACUAUUUAUUUCACUUUGACAUAUCUACAAAACUAUAUAUAAACCUUUAAGGUCAUUGCUCUUUUUCAUAUAAGAAAAGCACAAUAUGACCCCGCCCACUGGAGACGCACAGGAAUCUCUUUAGCUCGUAGACUCCGCCCACUAUCCUCAAUGGAGACGCACGGUAAUAGCUCACAGUUCAUCCAUCAGGAUGUGAUGCAGGACCAGAGCACAGCACGAGCAUGACAUGAACACAAUCAUGCUGGAUUAUUUUAAACAUUCCUGCGGAUUGAGAGUUCUCCCUGUGGCAAUGGCACUACAUCAUCCAGGAACAUUAUUUCUUAAGACUUUAUUGCUGUUUUUAACUAUUGUGGGAACCGUUACACCUGUAUUAUCAGAUGGUUGGACUCACGCACAUGCAGAGGACAAACUCUUUAAAAAACUCUUCAUUGGUUACAAUAAGUGGUCCAGACCCGUGCGAAACAUCAGUGAUGUGGUCAUCGUGAAGUUUGGCCUUUCCAUCGCUCAGCUUAUUGAUGUGGAUGAGAAGAAUCAGAUGAUGACCACAAAUGUUUGGCUAAAGCAGGAAUGGAACGAUUACAAAUUGCGCUGGAACCCAUCGGAUUAUGAUAAUGUGACAUCUAUCCGAGUCCCAUCUGAGCUGAUUUGGGUCCCUGAUAUUGUUCUGUACAAUAACGCCGAUGGUGAGUUUGCUGUGACUCACAUGACCAAAGCCCACUUGUUCCACACGGGAAAGGUGAGCUGGGUUCCCCCGGCCAUCUACAAGAGUUCCUGCAGUAUCGAUGUCACCUUCUUCCCCUUCGACCAGCAAAACUGCAAGAUGAAGUUCGGCUCCUGGACCUACGACAAGGCCAAGAUCGACCUCGAGCAAAUCGAGAGCACGGUGGACUUGAAGGACUACUGGGAGAGCGGAGAAUGGGCCAUCAUGAACGCCGUGGGAACCUACAACACCAAAAAAUAUGACUGUUGUCACGAGAUCUACCCGGAUAUCACCUUCUUCUUCAUCAUCCGUCGUCUGCCUCUGUUCUACACCAUUAACCUCAUCAUUCCCUGCCUGCUCAUCUCCUGUCUUACCGUGCUGGUGUUUUACUUGCCAUCGGACUGCGGAGAGAAGAUCACGUUGUGCAUUUCCGUCCUUCUUUCUCUCACCGUCUUCCUCCUGCUGAUCACGGAGAUCAUUCCAUCGACGUCGCUGGUCAUUCCUCUGAUCGGCGAGUAUCUUCUCUUCACCAUGAUCUUUGUCACGCUUUCGAUAGUCAUCACUGUAUUUGUGCUGAACGUUCAUCAUCGUUCUCCCAGCACCCAUAAAAUGCCCCGCUGGGUCCAUUCGGUGUUCCUGAAUUUAAUCCCUCGCUGGCUCUUCAUGCGCCGUCCAGAACCCGAUCACAAGCGUCGUCCGUUCUUUGUUCUGCAUGAGAAGAGCAAGACAUCGGAGCUCAGCACAUCCAAAAGCUGGCUUCAGACGGAGAUGAAUGCAAGAGGUUGUAAGGACCUGGAAUUUGGGGUCGGGAUGGAGAGACCAGAUUCCGUCUCCUCUCCGUCUGCAACAUCUCUGCGUUUGUCCGACUCUGAACCUUCGCUUCAGAGGUAUGAACUCCAUCAGUUAGGACACAUGAUGAACUCCUGCCAGCAUACAGAAGAGUUUACAAAUCUCGCCUUGGAGCAAAACCUAACCGUCUCACCAUGUGUGCUCCGAGCACUGGACGGGGUGCGGUACAUCGCCGAUCACCUGCGGGCUGAAGAUGAAGACUUUUCUGUCAAGGAGGACUGGAAAUAUGUAGCAAUGGUGAUCGACCGAAUCUUCCUGUGGAUGUUCAUCAUCGUGUGUCUGCUGGGAACCGUCGGCCUCUUUUUGCCUCCCUGGAUGUCAGGAAUGAUCUGAAUGUUGACUUCCCUGACACUGCUCAUCAGAUAUUUGAAGGCUGUUGUUGUACAAAAACAGACAGCUGUGAUGUAACAGAUAUCUGCUCGAUCUGGGUUUACCUGGGGACGCAGUUCAUUGUUACAGUACAGAAAACACAGUUCACCUCUCAGUAAAUGUCCUGGCAUUUGCAUCCAGCACGGCUGCCGUUUCCAUGCAUAAAGAGCAGAGGAUUUCACUAGAGCGAUAUGCAAAUUAACCUUUUAGAAAGUAGAAGCCCUGACCGAUGGCAGUUCAAUCGUUACCCUUCAUCCGAUUGUUAAAUGAAUGGCAGAUUAAUGCCUGUGCCGCUUUCAACAGUAAUUAUCUGUGAGGUCAGAAGGCAACGUAUUUAUUUCCUUGCGGUCUUUGAAAAUGUGUGCCAUUCAUUUGAUGUAAAAGCAGUUGUGUAUAGGUCACUGAACACGAGGAAAUGAGAUCUUAAAGUUGCAUAUAUAUAAAUGUGUCAUAUACUUGCAGUUCUGUAGUGACAUCAAAUGGAGAGCUUUUGAAACCAAAAGUGAGACUAAACAAAUGAUUUUCUUAUGUAAUAUUUCUUCAUAAUUAAGAUGAAUGAAUCUGCCAGUCAUUUAACAUCAUAGCAAGAAAUUAAACUACAAUGUUCAUAUUAGUUGAGUUGAAAUGAAAUCAUGUUCAGUAUAAUGUGGUGCUGUGAUAAAA